AUAUUAAACAAGAUGGCCAAAUUAACGGUGUCAUGCCAUACGUAGCUCCUGAGGUCUUGAUUGGUCAACCAUUCACUCAAGCGGCUGAUUUAUAUUCUUUCGGUGUUAUUAUGUCCGAGAUAUCCGCUGGUAAAAAAGCACUUGAUGGCGUUCCUUUUGAUACUAAACUUGCCAUAAAAAUUUAUAAAGGAUAUCGACCAGACUUUGGUGAAGGAACGCCAAAAUGCUAUGUGAAAUUGGCCAAAAGAUGUAUGGAUUCUGAUCCACACGGACGACCAACUGCUACCAUUAUCUGCUCAAAAAUUGAGUAA